GACACCCCCGUGCACAUUCCACUAGACCGUCUGACUGUGUCCUACAGCAGAAGCAGUGGUCCUGGGGGUCAGCAUGUCAACAAAACCAACACGAAAGCUGAGGUCCGAUUCCACUUGCACACAGCGGACUGGAUCCCUGAAGAUGUCCGACAAAAAGUUCUGGAAAAGAACAAAAACCGUAUCACUAAGGCCGGAGAGCUGCUGGUGACGUCUGAGGUGAGCAGGAGUCAGCAGAGAAACCUCUCUGACUGCAUACAGAAGAUCAGCGCCAUGAUAGCCGAGGCCAGUGAGAAGCCCCGCCAAGCAUCGGCCGAAGACAUCGCUCUAAGAGCAGCCAGGUUGGAGAAGAGGAACAAAGAGCGACUCAGGCAGAAGAAAAUCCAUUCAGCCAUCAAGCACAGCCGACGAGUGGAUUUUGACUAAUUGUUCUAUUCAAAUAUAAAUUAUUUUUUAUCA